UGGCUGGUGGAGAGCUUCCAUAUGUCUCCUUGUCGCAAAGCCCCUUCGUGCCCACUGGUAAGUGCUGGGUCACCCUCCUGUGUUCCCAGCCAGAGUAACUUGAGUUCCUUCUGCCCUGGAAACCCCAUUUGGUCCCCAAAAUCACUAACCCAUUGACACACUCGCAAUGACACCUUCCUUGUUUCCCGUACUCCCCUAGGGCAUUUCCCAGGCAGUGUUCAUCGGCCAUGACUGGGGCGGAGUUGUGGUGUGGAACAUGUCCCUCUUUUACCCAGAGCGAGUGAGGGCAGUGGCUGGACUGAACAUGCCCUACAGACCUGCGGACCCCAAAGUGGAUGUCAUGGAGAUGAUCAAAGCCCGUCCUAUGUCUGACUCUCAGCUUUAUUUCCAGGAGCCGGGUGUUGCUGAGCUCGAGUUGGAGAAGGACCUGAGCAGGACGUUUAGGAUCAUGAUCCGAUCCAUCAGGAAGGAGGAUGAGCUGCCUGUUCCACUCAACGUCGCCAACGUCCGGGAGCGAGGAGGGCUUCUGGUUGGCAUGUCAGAAGACCCACCUCCAAGCCAGAUCCUAGCGGGAGCGGAUCUCCAGUACUUCAUCCAGCAGUUUAAAAAGUCUGGCUUCAGGUAAAAGCAAAGCUAAAGAACGAAGCAAAAGUCUGGUGCUGGAGGUAACGUCGGCUCUGCCUGGGAUAUUCCCAGAGACGUUGUUACAAGGCCUUC